AUGUUCCUGGUCGGACUCUCGGGUGGAAUUGCGUCGGGGAAGAGCACGGUGGUGGCCGUGCUCCGGGAACUGGGCUGUGCUGUGAUUGAUGCCGAUGUUAUUGCCAGAGAAGUGGUGCAGCCCCACUUCAAGGCCUAUUGGCAGAUCGUGCAUCACUUCGGCACCGGGAUCCUCCUGGAGAACGGAGAGAUAAAUCGUGAAGCUCUAGGAAACAUUAUCUUCUCCCACCCUGAGAAGCGGCAGCUGCUGAACUCCAUCACCCACCCAGAGAUCCAGAAGGAGAUGCUGAAGCAGAUCUUGAAAUAUUUUGUGCUAG